UGGCCCUGCCCUGCCCUGCCCCCGGGGAGCCGUCCAAACCGGAGGCAGGGGCCUGGUCACGGUGACCCCGGGGCCCGGGGCGGACGCCAGCCCGGAAGGGGCCCGGCCCGGCCCGGCCCGGCCCGGCCCGUCCCGGCGGAAAGGGGCCGGGGGCAGGCCGGACACAGAAAGAGGAAGCGGCCGGAGCCGGCUGGGGGGCCGCAGCCCACACUUGGAAGCCCUCGGAGGGGGCCGCGGCGCCUCGCCUUCGACAUGACGGGCCCCCGAGGCCCCGUGCGGAGCCCCUGUCUCCUCCUCCUGCUCUUCCUCCUCCUCCUCUUCAUCCUCCGCCUGCCCCUGGCCUUGGGGUCUGCAGCCCUAUGGUCUCUCCACUAUCACUUCACGGCCCUGAGCCAACCAGGCCCGGGGCUCCCCCGCUUCUGGGCCUCGGCCUUCCUGGGAGAGGAACUGGUGGUGACGUUCAAAGCAGCCGGCCCCGAGGGCCAGGAAGGCCAGGCCGAGGCCCAGGGGCCCUGGAAAUUUGAACUCCUCCCUCCCUGGACCUGGGAGCAAGAGACCAAGGAUUUCCGGAGCCGCCAGGCGGAGAUGGAGAAGGCCCUGGCCGCCAUCGUGGAGCAAGCCCCGCCUGGAAUCAGAAACGGGGGGUCGCGCACGCUCCAGGGCCUGGUCAGCUGUGUGCUCCGAAAGGACAACAAAACCGAGGGCGUCUCCCGCUUCGGCCUGGAUGGGCGCGACCUGCUUUCCUUGGACCACCUGACGACCCCUGGGGCCGCCACCUGGGUGGGGGCCGGGCCCGAGGCCGACAGCGUCCGGAAAGCCUGGGGGCCUCGGCAGGCUGAGAAGGAGGUGGGCUUCCUGCAGGUGAUGUGCCUCAAGCGCCUGCAGAACCACCUGAAAACCGGCCGGGGGAACUUGGCGUGGACAGAGGCUCCCAUGGUCCGCAAGUCCACCCGCCGCUCCCCGGGCCAGAACACCACGCUCCUGUGCCGGGCCUUCACCUUCCACCCUCCCGACCUCCGCCUCUCCUGGCUGCGGGACGGCGCGGUGCUGCCGGGGGAGGCCCGUCCCCAGGCCCCCCUCCCCAGUGGGGAUGGAACUUUCCAGACCUGGGAGGUCCUGAAAGUCCCCGAGGGACAGGAGUGGAGAUACGCCUGUCGCGUGGAGCAUCAGGGCCUGGCCCAACCUCUUAUCCUCACAUGGGAGCAACCAGGCCCUUCCCUGGCCUGGCUUGGCUUCAUCGUGGCCUCCGUCCUGAUCCUGGCUGCGGGGACGGCGGGAUUCCUGGUGUGGAGGAGAAGGAAGCUGGGACCCCCAGCCCUGUGGCUCCGCCUGCGCGGAGAGGACACCGGCUCCCUGCUGCCCGAUCCCGCCACCUCCGACUCGGACGUGCCCCCGGCCGCCACCUGACGCCCCCCGGCCCCUCCCUGCCGGUCCCGGGGAUCCCCCGGCUCCCCUGCCCGGUGUGUCCUUCUCGGUUUAUUGAACCCACAGUGUCUCUUUU